CCAUCUUUCUCUCUCACUCUCUCUCUCUCUCUCUCUCUCUCUCUCUCUCAACCGUUCUUCCUCUUCUCCUACUCACUCUUCUCUUCUCACAGAUCGAAAAUGGUUGCCAUUAAAGGCAUCAAAGCUAGACAGAUCUACGACAGUCGUGGUAAUCCUACCGUUGAGGCUGAUGUUCAUCUAGAUGAUGGAACUUACGCUAGAGCAGCUGUUCCAAGUGGUGCAUCCACUGGAGUUUAUGAGGCACUUGAACUCAGGGAUGGAGGUAAAGACUACAUGGGAAAGGGUGUUUCCAAGGCUGUCCAAAAUGUAAAUGAGAUUAUUGGCCCUGCACUGGUUGGCAAGGACCCAACUGAGCAAACUGCCAUUGACAACUUCAUGGUUCAACAACUUGAUGGAACUGUUAACGAGUGGGGUUGGUGCAAGCAAAAGUUGGGAGCAAAUGCUAUCUUGGCUGUUUCCCUUGCUGUGUGCAAAGCUGGAGCACAGGUCAAGAAAAUUCCUCUGUACCAGCACAUUGCAGAGAUUGCCGGUAACCCGAAGAUGGUCUUGCCAGUUCCAGCCUUCAAUGUCAUCAAUGGUGGAUCUCAUGCAGGAAACAAGCUUGCAAUGCAAGAGUUCAUGAUUUUGCCAACUGGAGCUUCCUCAUUCAAGGAGGCAAUGAAGAUGGGUAGUGAAGUGUAUCACAACUUGAAGAGUGUGAUCAAGAAGAAAUAUGGUCAAGAUGCAACCAAUGUUGGUGAUGAGGGUGGCUUUGCUCCUAACAUCCAGGAGAACAAGGAGGGUCUUGAGUUGCUAAAGACUGCCAUUGAGAAAGCUGGGUACACUGGCAAAGUGGUCAUUGGGAUGGAUGUUGCUGCAUCUGAGUUUUACAAGGAAGACAAGAGCUACGACUUAAACUUCAAGGAAGAGAACAAUGACGGAUCACAAAGGAUCUCUGGGGAUGCUCUUAAGGACCUUUACAAGUCAUUCGCAUCUGAGUACCCCAUUGUGUCAAUUGAAGAUCCCUUUGACCAGGAUGACUGGGAGCACUAUGCCAAAAUGACCGCAGAAUGUGGAGACAAAGUACAAGUUGUUGGAGAUGAUCUCUUGGUCACCAACCCUAAGAGGGUUGAAAAGGCCAUUAAUGAGAAGUCCUGCAAUGCUCUUCUUCUCAAGGUUAACCAAAUCGGAUCUGUGACAGAGAGUAUUGAGGCUGUGAAGAUGUCCAAACGUGCUGGGUGGGGUGUGAUGGCCAGCCACCGCAGUGGAGAAACUGAAGAUACUUUCAUUGCUGACCUUUCAGUUGGUCUUUCCACGGGUCAGAUCAAGACCGGAGCUCCAUGCAGGUCUGAGCGUCUUGCCAAAUACAACCAGCUCUUACGUAUUGAAGAAGAGCUCGGUGCAGCUGCUAUUUAUGCUGGAGCAAACUUCCGUGUACCAGUUGAGCCCUACUAAGGUGUAGAGUUGCUAGUCAAACGAGCUGCUAUAUUUAAGAGAGGCGUCAUUUUCUGUCCAUUAAUAAUAGACCAGAUCUAGAGUGUUGCGCAGCAACUUUGUUAAAAUUUUGUUCAGAACUUGAACACAAUUAGUUAAUACUAAAUGUUGCGGAGAUUUGUGGAUUUUUGGUUAAAGCUUUUCUCGGUUUCAAAUGGAUUCUGCUCGAGGUUUUCUUGCUAAAUGCUAAUGUUCUUUUCAUCUA